CUAAAACCCCAAACCCUCCACUCCCCUCGCUCUCCACAUCCCCUAAGUUCAUUUCGCUUUCUCUCCACCAAAAUGGCACUCUUCGCUCGCCUCCGCCUCCAAUCCAUACUCCCCCUCCGCCGCCUCCACCACCACCACCUUAACUUCUCCACCUCCCCACUCUCCUCCAUAUCCAAGACACGCGUGGCCCUCUCCCGCCUAAAAACCGAAACCAACCCUGAAAAAAUCCUCGAGAUCUGCCGAUCCGCUUCCCUAACUCCCGAAGCCAACAUCGACAGAAUCACUUUCUCAGUCGCCAUUGACAAGCUCGCCAAAUCCAACAACUUCUCUUACAUCGACGAGCUCCUUACUGAACUCCGCACUUCACGCCCUGAUCUCCGCACCGAACAAUUCGCAGCUCAUUCCAUCGUCCUCUUCGGAAAAGCUGGUAUGAUCGAUCAUGCAAUUCGGCUUUUUAAGGAAUAUCACGAGAAGAAUCAAAAUGGCGUCGUUUUAUCUUCUGGAUCAGUGAAAUUAUUAAAUUCUUUGCUUUAUUCGUGUAUUUUAGCGAAAAAAUAUAAUGAAGUGAAAAGGGUUUUUGUUGAUUUUACUAAGAGUUUUAAAAUCGAGCCGAAUUUGGAUACUUAUAAUACAAUAAUUCAGGCUUUUAGUGAGGGUGGGAGUUCGAGUUCGUGUUAUUCGAUUUUGAAUGAGAUGGAUAAGAAGGGAGUGAAGCCGAAUACGACGACAAUUGGGAAUUUGAUUACUGGGUUUUAUAAGGAAGAGAAGUAUGAGGAUGUAGGGAAAGUAUUGAAAAUGAUGGAGGAGGAUUAUGGGACAAAAGCUGGGAUUGAUAUUUAUAAUAUUAGGAUUCGGAGUUUGUGUAAACUUAAGAGGUCGAAAGAAGCGGAGGCAUUGCUAGGAGGGUGUAUAGCGAGAGGAGUGAAGCCGAAAGCGGUCACUUAUAGGUAUUUGAUUUUUGGGUUUUGUAAGGAAGGUGAUUUGGAGGGAGCUAAGAGUUUGUUUAAGAGUAUGGUGAAUAGAGGGUGUAAACCGGAUUAUUAUUGUUAUGCCACUCUGGUUUGCUUUUUAAGUAAAGGCAGGGAUUUUGAGUCGGCGUAUAGGAUUUGUAAGGAGAGUAUGGAGAAGAAGUUGGUGCCAAAUUCUUCAACUAUGAAGAUGUUAGUGGAAGGACUUGCGAGUAGCGGGAAUGUGGAGAAGGCUAAAGAGCUUAUUGGAGAAAUAAAAGAGAAGUUUUCGAAGAAUGUUGAGUUGUGGAAUGAGGUCGAAGCGGGGUUGCCGCAGUAGCAAAGGGGAUAUGGUAAGCUUUUAGCUUGUUUGAAAGAUCAAGGGAACAUUGUAUGGGAAUGAGAACCUAUGCUAGUUUAGAGGAAAUAAUAGUUUUUCGCUCUUAGCUGUUGGAUUGUUGAGCAUAAUUUAUUGUUUAAUGAAAAUGUUGCUUUGCUUUGAUGAA